AUGGCGUCGACGGAGCAAUUGAUGGGCGGCGGCGGGCCGAAGUACGUGCAAAUGCCGGCGGAGUCGUCAUCGCCGCCGUCGGAGUUGACGCCGAUGAUUUCGACGUUCCUCUCGUUUGAUCAGCCGAACAAUCCGCACGACGAGUCGAAUCGGAUUUUCGACGAGUUGCCCCGAGCUUCGAUUAUUCAAGUUUCGCGGCCGGACGCCGGAGAUAUUAGCCCCGUACAACUGACUUACACGAUCGAAUUUCAAUACAAAGAGUUCAAGUGGCAGUUAGUGAAGAAAGCUUCUCAAGUUUUCUAUUUGCACUUUGCUCUGAAGAAGCGAAAAUUUAUUGAGGAGAUGCAUGAGAAGCAAGAGCAGGUCAAAGACUGGCUUCAGAAUUUAGGAUUAGGAGACCAUGCACCAGUUAUGCAGGAUGAUGAAGAGCCUGAUGAUGAGACUGUUCCUUUACGAAACGACGAUAUCCUUAGAAAGAGAGAUGUUCCGUCUAGUGCCGCUCUCCCAGUUAUUCGGCCGGCACUUGGAAGGCAGCAUUCUAUGUCUGAUCGAGCAAAAGGAGCAAUGCAGGAAUACUUAAAUCAUUUUCUGAGCAAUAUAGAUAUUGUGAAUUCCCAAGAGGUGUGCAAGUUUUUGGAAGUUUCCAAGUUAUCUUUCUCCCCAGAGUAUGGCCCUAAGCUUAAGGAAGACUACAUUUUGGUGAAGCAUUUACCAAUGAUUUUGGAUAGUGCCGAAAACGGGAAGUGCUGUUCAUGUCAAUGGUUCUGCUGUUGCAGAGAUAAUUGGCAAAAGGUCUGGGCUGUCCUAAAACCUGGAUUCUUGGCCUUUCUUAAGGACCCUUUUGAACCCAAGCCUUUAGACAUCAUUGUUUUUGAUGUUCUACCAGCCUCAGAUGGAAAUGGAGAAGGCCGUGUAUCUUUGGCAAAAGAAGUUAGCGAUCACAAUCCAUUGCGUCAUUAUUUCAGGGUGACCUGUGGAACUAGAAGCAUAAAACUUAGAACCAAAAGCACUGCGAAAGUAAAAGAUUGGGUAGCCGCAAUCAAUGAUGCUGGUCUUCGACCGCCUGAAGGUUGGUGUCAUCCACAUCGAUUUGGCUCUUUUGCCCCUCCUCGGGGUCUGAUUGAGGACAGUAGUCAAGCUCAGUGGUUUGUAGAUGGUCGCGCCGCAUUUGAAGCUAUUGCUUUGGCCAUUGAGGAAGCAAAAUCAGAGAUAUUCAUAUGUGGGUGGUGGUUGUGCCCAGAGCUAUAUCUACGGCGUCCAUUCAAUUUUCAUUCAUCUUCCCGGCUUGAUUUCUUACUGGAAUCUAAAGCCAAGCAAGGCAUUCAGGUAGUAUAUAUUCUUCUAUACAAAGAGGUUUCUUUAGCUCUCAAAAUAAAUAGUGUACACAGCAAGAGAAAGCUUCUGGGCAUUCAUGAGAACAUCAGAGUACUUAGAUAUCCAGACCAUUUUUCCACUGGAGUCUAUCUAUGGUAUGCUUUUCAUCAUUGUUAUGUUUUAGUUAUGAUAAAUGGAUUGUCUUCCCAUGUGAUGCAGUCCAGCUCGGAAGUUCCAAAUAAGGAAUGGUGGGAAAUUCAGGAAAGAGGGGGUCAAGUUGUUCCUGCUGAUGAGAUUGGACAGGUCGGCCCGCGAGUGUCAUGUCGCUGUCAGAUUAUUAGGAGUGUCAGCCAGUGGUCAGCUGGUACAAGCCAGAUUGAAGAAAGUAUUCACAAUGCAUACUGUUCACUUAUUGACAGAGCAGACCAUUAUGUCUACAUUGAGAAUCAAUUCUUCAUUUCUGGUCUAUCGGGUGAUGAAAUUAUUCAAAAUCGUGUUUUAGAGGCAUUGUAUAGGCGUAUAGUGCGUGCUGUCGAUGAAAAGAAGUGUUUCAGGGUUAUUAUUGUCAUACCUCUCCUACCCGGUUUCCAGGGUGGAGUGGACGAUUCUGGUGCUGCUUCUGUGAGAGCUAUUAUGCAUUGGCAAUAUCGAACAAUAUGCAGAGGAAAUAGUUCAAUACUGCAUAACCUCUAUAACCUUGUUGGCCCUAGAAUGUAUGAUUAUAUAUCUUUUUAUGGUCUGAGAGCUUAUGGAAAACUUUUUAACGACGGACCUGUUGCCACUAGUCAGGUUUACGUUCAUAGCAAGAUCAUGAUUGUUGAUGAUCACACAACAUUGAUUAGCUCCGCAAAUAUUAACGACCGAAGUUUGCUUGGAUCUAGAGAUUCUGAGAUUGGAGUACUUAUCGAGGACAAAGAAUUUGUUGACUCGUGGAUUGGGGGGAAGUCUUGGAGAGCCGGAAGAUUUGCGUUGAGUCUUCGCCUUUCUCUGUGGUCUGAGCACAUUGGUCUUCAUGCUGGAGAGGUUGAUCAAAUAAGAGACCCUGUGGCUGAUUCAACUUACAAGGAUAUAUGGAUGGCAACUGCAAAGACAAAUACGAUGAUCUACCAAGACGUCUUCUCCUGUAUACCCAACGAUCUGAUACACACAAGGGCUUCAUUACGACAAUCCAUGAGCUUUUGGAGGGAAAAAAUCGGGCAUACGACCACGGAUUUAGGAAUAGCUCCCGAAAAGUUAGAAACCUUCCAAAAUGGAGACAUUACGGGCACAGAUCCUAUGGAGAGGCUGAAAUCCGUGAAGGGACAUCUUGUUUCGUUUCCUUUGGAUUUUAUGUGCAAAGAGGAUUUGAGACCUGUGUUUAACGAGAGUGAAUAUUACGCGUCCCCUCAAGUUUUUCAUUGA